CCUGCAAGUCCUGUGGAAGAUAUCAGUAUCACCUCUCAAUAUGAAGAUGGCCUAUGUAGCCUUCGACGGUUUCUUCAGAUCGCAAAAGCUCCAGCUCGGUUUGAACGUAACGGAUUCCAUUGCAUUCCAAACACCCCAGUCUGUUGGUUUCCAUAACUUCACACUCCCUGCUGCUGUCCUUGAUCCCGGCGACAGCGUCCUCGACAAACUAUGGCGUACGCUCAAAAGUGCAUGAAUUGUCGUCCCCAGGAUAUGUCCCAGCCGUACGACAGUCCUGUCAUGUAUGAAACGGUGAUGAAAGAUGUUAAGAUUAUUCAUCACCAGCUCGAAUCGAAGCCCGAACAUGCGGUAAAGGCUGAAGCUGAUUUGGGGAGCGUGGAGGCGGCCUUGGAUUAUGGCCUGAGACUUAGGACUGGUUAUGAUUGUCCUCCUAACCGUGUGCUUGAUAGGCGUUAUCUCGCUUUGGUGGCUCUCGACACCGAUGCCCCCGCUCUUUUGAGGUUUACAGGACAUUGCGCCCUUAUUGAAUGGUACACUGAUUGUAAAACGAACUUUCGGUCUUGUUACCUUCAAGCUACCGCCUGGCACGCUAACGAGCCCGUGAAGCUAGUUCCGAAAAAGAGCGCACCUGGUGCCCUGUUUUUUGCCCAAAACAUCAUGAUACCCCAAUCAGAGGCGCCGGGGGUGCUGCUGAUUUGCGACUUCAGUAUAAGGAAAUAUGGGGAGCGCUGGCAAAACAAGAUGCUCAAGUCGAAAGAGAACAGGUAAAGAUGAACUAGAAACGGAUGGCGCGCCCCUAACCGGUACAGAUGCGCGACCGCUGGCUGCGGUAUUGCAUGCAAGUGUUCCAUUAGUGGUGUUUUCUUCAUCUUUUACACCGCAGGCUCAGGGAAAUGCGAUCCAGAUAAGAAACCGUAUCACUGCAGCAAAAACUACGUUCUAUCCUUUCCCUUUUCG